CGCGGCGUUCAACACGGCACAGUGAUCUAGAAAGACCCUUCUUUAACUCUAUUUAUUCUAUUACAGUGUGUUUGGUGACUUUAAAUAUUGUUGCUUCUUGAAAAGGCACUCUGGCCUCGCCACCAACAUGACUGCUCUCGGUCAGGUCCCAAUCGAUGACCAGCAUGAGUUUGUCAUGUUCAAUGGAUAUGCUAGCUCUUCAAGCUGUGGCUACUGCAAAGGCCGGAGCACAAGAACGUCAGAGCGUUUCAAUUAUUACUCACAUGCCACCUCCAUAAGCCCGGAGUUCUAUCAGAAGCUCAUCAAUCGGUGCUGGAGGCGUUCAGGCACGCUUAUCUAUCGACCAAACCAACGGAGCAUGUGCUGCCCUCACUAUACGAUACGAACAGACACCAAGACGUUUGCGAUUAAGAAAGACCAGCGUCAGGUGAUUAAUAAAUUUAAUAAAUUUAUUCUUGGUGAACAGUUUAUAACGGAAGAAGCCCGCCUGAACCCUCGGUCAAAGGCAGAAGCAAAAAAAAGAGACAACGAGUUUGUCUUAACUGAGAGAAUCCACGAAGCCGAACGUGACCGACUCAAGACAGCCUCCACACCAGCACAUACUCUCGUCGUAACCUUGGAGAAGGACCAUUUUACCGAGGAAAAGUUUGAGGUGUAUAAUAACUACCAAAUGGUUGUGCAUAAGGACGAGCCUGACAGCCGCACAAAGGACGGCUUCAAGCAGUUCCUCUGUAACUCGCCUAUUCGUCGUGGUACUGUGGUAGACGAUGAUGGGCGAAAACGAAAAGUUGGAUCCUUCCACCAGUGUUAUAGGAUCGAUGGAAAGCUUGUUGCAAUCGGCGUGCUUGAUCUGUUGCCAGAUUGCGUCAGCUCCGUGUACUUUUUGUAUCACGAGAGCAUACACAAGCAUGCCCCAGGCAAGUUGGCGGCACUACGGGAGCUGGCAUUUGCUGAGGAAGAGGGCUACCGGUGGUGGUAUCCGGGAUACUACAUACAUGACUGUCCAAAGAUGAAGUACAAGGCCGAUUACCAGCCGCUGGGGAUGUUGGAUCCGGUAUCCUUGAAGUGGAAUGCUCUUGACAGUACUACGUUGAAGCUUCUGGAUAAAAAGUCGUUUGUCAGUCUCUCUCUGGAAAGCCAGUCCACGCCGCCCGCUGACGAAGACGAUGAUUUGAUUGCGCCCUCGGCACCACCAAUUGCAAAACCAUCAGAAACAACUACAGGUGGAGCAUCGGAUUCAGACUCCGACUUUGCAUCGCAAUCCUUAUUCGAAUCGAACAUGCCCGGCAUCACAAGUCUCGAAGAGUUUGCAGAUAUUGACUUGGACCACAUUGCUGUUCGACUCCGAAGAGCUCCACGACUUUUUCAACUGUGUGACUUGGUAGAUUGGGAAUCCAGUGAUGUAAGCGAUGGAACGAGCCUCAAGUCGCUGGUGGCAGAAAUGGUGGCCGCCAUGGGCCCUGAUUGCAUUGACGAUAUAUGUCUAGAUCUUGCAUAGUAUCAUAGAAUUACACGGA